UUAAAUCUGCAAAUGUUGUCGAAAAAAUGUAGAACGUCCAAUAGAGUCGCGCGCGCACUGUCCCUUUAAGCCGCUCGUGCGUCCUGGACAGCGCACGAGCGCAGUUUGGAACCUAAGUGGUUAGGGCGCAUGCGCCGGAAGUUGGUGCCGCAGACAGCAGCAGUGAUUCUGUCAGCGCAGAGAGCAGCCGGGAGAAAAUCUGUCCGUUUUUAACCAUGGCCACGUACUAAAAACGAUGCCUUUCCCCGAGGAAAACGGAGAGUAAGUACCCGCAUCCUGGCGACGCGCCCGCCGCCCGAAGCCGCGUGACAUCCUCACGCACCGAGCCGUGGAUAGGAGGAGAGGCUGGGAGAGCAACAAUGGGUCUGUUGUGAGAAGAAGUGUGUGUCCCAUGCUGCAUUAGUGUCUGUGUGAAAUGCUGGCCUGUCUGCCAGGGCCAGGUGACCUCCCCCUCCAACUUCUCCCCCACACGCAGAUGAACACUGGACUCCAGAAAUGUAAGUACUGAUCAGAGAACACACACACACCAAGACACGAUGAACCAAGCUGUUAAAAUUCCAUGUGCCAAACCUGGCCCGACUCUCUCCUUCAACUCCGUGUUAAAAAACCAGAAAUGGAGAAUAUUCUAAGUGUUCCAAAACCACAAAUCUGUCUUCAAGGGAAAUUAGGAUGAACUGCGCCAUUAAUUUGCUGAUGAACUAGCUCCCCUCCCUCUGCCGUCACCCCCAAAGAUCUGUCUGUCACAACAGCGCGGUCCUGUGUGCUUAGCAGAACACCACCAUCUCACAAGCGUUUUAAACACAACCAUCUCGCCUAAUUUUCACCAUCAGGAAAGAGUCAGUUACUGUCAGACUUGCAGACAGAUUGCGGCAGAGUAGUUUUGCCCCACUGAUCUCGUAAUGCGAAUAAAUUUAAGAUGCAAUCUGCUGCCCUGGUUUAACAGCAGACUUGCCAGUGCUUGCCAACUGAAUUCAAUGUGUUUAAAUUCUACAACUCAGCUGCCGACAAACUAGACACUUAGGGGUUUGGGAAAAUUAAGGUCAGCAAAUGCCAGCAAAAGCUGACCAACUGUCUGGUGUGAGUGGCAGAGAUUAAUACAUAUUGAAUGAAAACUGUAAAAGUAAAUGUUUCUUUUUCUUCUUGUACUUUAUGUUCCUCAGUAUAAACGUGCAUGUCACAGUGGAUGUGACAGUUCCUUUCUGUAUUUUAUUGACAUAUUAGGAGGUUGUAAACACAGGAAGGUGUUGAUUUCGGAUCCUGCACCUGUUAUAGUCAAACCCCCUCUAAUUCAGCCAAUUACUGAACAAUUUGAACACUUAAAGCUGUCAUAGCAAAUCUGCCAACAAGCUAGGUUUUACACGCAAAAAUGGUCAUGGAACACUCACCUCUUCUCUGGAUCUGCAUCCACCGGAACCAGAAACCCACAUUUCAAUAGAGAGCGCUAAACACCAGUCACCAUUUUCUAGGUCCAUGCGUCUUUUGCUGUCCGUGACUUCAAAUUGUUUUUCUUUUUAUUAUUAUUAAAAUUAUUGAGCCGCAAACCUCUCACACCAGUUGUUCUUUUGCUAAAUAUGCGAGUGCGUCAUUAAUGAAGGAGCCGAGGAAGAGCAGCAGUUCGGUGAGACAGACAACCAGAUGGUCCAAUAGUUGCUUUGAAACAUGUGAAGGUUUUUAGACAAAUGUUAGAAAAGUACUUUAUUAGUUUUUUAAUUUUAUUAUCUCCACAAUAUAUUAAUACUAUGUUAGAAUGUUGUUAAGAGGCAUUAAAUAAUUGUUUUUGGCUAUAUUGUUUUCCAAAUUUUCUAUUGCCGUUUGUUUUUAAGAGUCGUUUGAAGGAGUUUACAAAUGUAGUCAUCUGCCCAAAUGUCAAUCAGGCAAGCUAUCUUGUCACUGGUUUGCUUGGCUAGUUAGUAGCUACUUACAUUUGUAGACUGUGCAGCAUCCCAGAAACAUAAAACAUUAGAGAUGUAAGAAAAUAUCGAUAUGGCAAUAUAUCGUGAUAUUUUCCCCAGCAAUAUUAUAUCGAUAUUCAAAAGCCGUGUAUCAGAAAUAUCGAUAUGGCAAUAUAUCGUGAUAUUUUUUUCAUGCAAUUAUUAAAUCGAUAUUCAAAAGCCGUGUAUCGGAAAUAUCGAUAUGGCAAUAUAUCGUGAUAUUUUUUCAUGCAAUUAUUAAAUCGAUAUUCAAAAGCCGUGUAAUUCCUGAAAGAAUUUACAUGCAAACAUUUGUGUAUUUUCUUUUCGUUUUGCACAAUUUAAUCGCCACCCGCUAGUUGGCAGCAGUGUGCAGAGGGUUUUGUUUCCACCACUAAAAUGUAAAUCCCUCCAUCAUGGUUCAGAUACCUCAUGUUAAACAUGUUACGUAUCAGUUUGGACUGUUUAUUGAACAUUCUUAAAAUUCAGUAAAAAAAUAGCUUGUAACGUCUGGCUGAAUGUAUCGCAAUAUAUCGUGAUAUAUCGUACCACAUCCCCUAUAUCGUGAUAUGUAUCGUAUCGCCAGAAUUUCAAAAAUACACAUCCCUAUAAAACAUACAUGGCUGCGUUUGGCUCAAACAUGUACACCUAGAAGUUGUGUCAGACUGCUUUGGAGUUUGUUUGGAACCGUACAAAGACCACUUCCUUCCACUGCAAGUGAAAGCGUUGCAAAACGGCCGCUAAACGUACAACGCUGCAAUUAGCUGCCAUUAUAGCAAAUGAGUUCCUUUCCACCGGCAGCGAAGUGUAACGUUUUGGGUGUGCCCCAGAAGCAAGGGGAUGCUAUCAUUACAUUUUGAGUCAAUUUUGUAUGCACUGCGCUUCCAAAACACAUCAAACUCCGCAGUCUGGAUUGCACCAGACAGGAAGUCAAACACAAAAGCAGAGUAAAACAUCCGGAAACUUUAAAAAUAAAAGUCACAUUUAUGUUUGUCAUUUCCUGUUAUAACCCCUAUAGCCAAUGUAAGAAACUGAAAACAAACCACAGACCUUUUUUGAUACAUGCAGCUGUCUUUCUCCUUGCUUAUUAUUGUGUGUGGACUUCUGAAAUCAGGCGUGGUGUUGCGAUUCUCCCGUGAUUUUCGCUCUCUUUUUGUGUCAGAAUUGCUCCCGUUUGGGAAUUAGCUUGCAGGUAAAACACUGCUAUUACAUUAUGCGACUGCUUUCAUGGCCGGUGGAAAGAAGGGGUAAGGGUCUCUGUGAGGUUGUGUUGGUCUGAUGAGAUUACUGUAUUCACACCAACAAGCUGCACCAAGCCAGAACCAGAGUUUAGUUUAAACUACCUAAACACUGCAGGUGUGAAAACACAAUUAGUUCUGACUAUCCUUGUCACACGUAGCCUUUUUCAUCAGUCUUGCUCAAAAACGAACUAGAGGAGUUCCUCUGGGAGGAUGUUUAGAUACCAUUCUUUAUUCAUCUCUGUUUUCAGACUAAACCAAUCAAAUUUUCUUUGUAUUGCACCUUCUACAACCUUCCUGGAAGCCUAAUGUGUUGAACACUAAUCAGAGAACAGCAUAAAGCAAGAGACAGACAUCAUAAAACAUCGCAAACAAUAAAAUUACAUUAUAAGAUAUCAUAAGAACAACAAAGACGAGAGAAUUUAAAGACAGAAAAGGAAAAACUAAGACUUCAAGCUAGUGGCACAAACCAUGUUGUGGGAAGGCCAAACAAUAAAAAUGAGCCCUGGAGCACGAUGGCACAAUGGUGGCUUUCAAGCAGAUCACAGAAUACCUCUCACAAAACUGUCUGCUUGACCCUUACCAAUCUGGGUUCAAAAAGGGCCACUCCACUGAAACUGCUCUGUUAGCAGUGAUGGAAUCCUUGAAAGAAGCUAGAGUGACUGGCAAAUUCUCAGUGCUUAUCCUGCUCGACUUAUCGGCUGCAUUUGACUCUGUCAACCAUGGCUUCCUUUUGUCCACACUCUCUAGCAUGGGCAUCACAGAGAAAGCACACGCCUGGUUUGAAUCAUACCUCACAGGACGAUCAUUCAGUGUAUCUUGGCUUGGACAAUUCUCUACCGUGCACCAUCUUGCCACAGGAGUCCCCCAGGGCUCUGUACUAGGACCUCUUCUCUUUGCCAUAUACACCACCUCACUGGGUGAGAUCAUUCGAUCACAUGGCUUCUCCUACCACUGCAAUGCAGACGACUCCCAGCUCUAUCUGUCAUUUCCACCGGACGACCACAUUGUCUCUGCAUGAAUAUCAAACUGUCUCUCUGACAUCUCAAAAUGGAUGAAAUCCCACCAUCUCCAACUCAACCUCUCUAAAACUGAUCUACUUGUCAUCCCAGAAAAAACAUCCAUACAGCACAAUAUCCCAAUCCAAAAUGACUUCCUAUCUCUGGCUCCUUCAAAGGCAGUUCGAAAUCUGGGUGUUGUGAUUGAUGAACACCUGACCUUUAAAGAUCAUAUUGCCUCUGUUGCUUGUUCAUGCUGCUUUGCGCUGUAUAACAUACAAAAGAUCAGACCAUACCUAACACAACAUGCCACCCAGCUCCUGAUGCAAUCUACUGUCAUCUCCCUCCUCGAUUACUGCAAUGCCCUUCUAACUGGUCUUCCAGGCUGUACUGUGAGACCUCUUCAAAUGGUCCAGAAUGCAGCGGCACAUGUGGUCUUUAAUCAGCUAAAAAGAGCACACGUCACCCCUCUGUUCAUUGAGCUCCACUGGCUACCGCUAGCAGCACGCAUCAAAUUCAAAUUGCUAACACUAGCAUACAAAGUCAGAGAUGGUACGGCUCCCAUCUACCUGAAUCCUCUUGCAAAGCCUUACGUCUCGGCCCGGCCGCUCCGGUCAUCACAGGAUCCUCAGCUAGCAGUGCCUACUCCACGCUGAGGACAAUCCAGACUCUUCUCAUGCAUCGUUUCACAAAUGUGGAAUGACCUUCCAAGCACUACCAGAACAGCGGCUUCCUUUUCAAUUUUCAAGAAACUCCUGAAGACCCUGUGCUUCAGAGAGCAUCUUCUUAACUAGCACCUUCCCGUCACCCCCCCCCCCCCCCCUCCCUCCUCUUUGCCGUCCACUCCUUUGUUCCCUCCUCUCCAUGAUUGAUGUCAAGUUGUUGUUGUUAUUGUUGUUGUUAGCCUCAAGGGCAACAUGCCGACUAUCACUUGUAAGUCGCUUUGGACAAAAGCGUCUGCUAAAUACAUAAACACAAACAAUCCCUCCUCUAUCUGUAUUUGGAGCGUGGUAACGUCAACAACUUUUGCUCAGCCAAGGGAAACGAUCGAAAGAGGACUCGACUAAACUUUAAGGGUCGUUUUCCAUUAGCAUUUAAUAAACACAGCUUUAUUCUGCCUUACACAGUUCAGGUGUUUUUCUAUUGCAAUUGAAAAACAGGACUGGUGGUGUUACAUUUGUUGCUGUUUAGAGGGCGACAUUGUCCUCUACUGCCUACAGAUAAACAACAAGGGAUGUGACACCACCAAAGCUCUGAUGAAGGCAACCGGAUGUAGCCGGAACUGUUAGCAAAAUAAGGUAAAACAUUUUCAACUCUGUAUCAAAUAAGAACACAAAAUAAUAGCUUGAAUUGAUCUAUACGUGACACCAAAACACAAGACAAUGCAGCAGUGGAGCACAUAAUGGCAGUGUUGAACAUUCUGCCUAGUCAAUAGCUUUGUGUCAAACUCUUGACAAGAAGAGACCUAGAAAAGUCUGCCGGCAGCAAGGCGGAGUGUGGGUGACCCCCCCCCCCCCCCCCCCCCGCUUAGCCAAUUAGUGAUGUCAUGUUUUUGGCCUGGUUUGGUACGCUUGGAAGCACGUUGAAGUUGGUAAUAAAAUAGGUGCGAUAACCUGGUACCCGUUACUAGUGAAGACCCUUUGGAAACUAAAUGAUAAAUGACCCGCACUUGUACAGCGCCUCUCAGAGUAAGGACUCCAAAGCGCUUUACACUACAGUGUAUCAUUCAUCCAUUCACACACACAUUCACACCCUGAUGGUGAUGAGCUACGAUGGAGCCACAGCUUGCCUGGGGCGCACUGACAAAGGCGAGGCUGCUCAGCACAGGCGCCACCGGUCUCUCCGACCACCACCAGCAGGCAAGAUGGGUUAAGUGUUUUGCCCAAGGACACAACAGCAGAAUUCUCUGUCCGGAGCCGGGAUUGAACCUGCAACCGUCCGAUUACUGGACAACCCGCUCAACCUGUUGAGCUACUGCUGCCCGAGCGAACUGUUUCGUUCUGUUCACCUAUCACAACACCCUGGAGUAAAAGCAAAGUGCCAUUAUAAAUACUGACACAUUGAUGAUGAUUAAUAUGAGUCAUUCUCAAAACGUUUGUCCAUGGCUGUACCACAGUCGGUCCUAGAUGCUGAUUACAACUCAUCGUGUUAGCUAGCUUUACUUAAUCAGAAAAAUAAAAAAUCUCCCCUUUCUGUCUCAGUUGUUCUGAUUGGGAACUCGGUCCUGGCCUGACCCAUUUCUACCCAAGUUUUUUUGUGAAAUGCUCCCGCUCAUCAAGCCUGUAAUUUCAGAAUCACAGUAAUCAGCCAAACCCCAGAUCAGCCAGUGUGAGGGAGUCUGCUGGGUGCCAGCAGCAGUUGCCUCACUCAGGCAGGCUUGUGACAUGGUGCAGCCAUCAUCCAGACCGUCUCCGCUCUUCCUUCGUGUGACACGCCAAGACACAUCUAAGACCACAACUAGAGAUCAUUUUGUUUUUCUAUGAUCCAUUUAGGAGAUGCAAUGAUUCCUAAAAGUGCAAUUUUAGUCCAUUUUCUUCCCCCUUAUCAUUCCCUCAUAAUGCUUUUGCUUUUCAUCUGUUCUUCAAACAGAUGCCGUGCUACAUCAAAAGCCACAGAUCUGUAUUUCAUUUUGAGUUAAUCGUUUUAUCAAAGAGCCCGUGGAAAAUCUGUCCGCUCUCAGUGGCCCGUACGAUCCCACAACAGCACCUGUAGCUCAUAUUAGUGGUUUGUGCAGAUGUGUGCUGCCACACAUGUUCAGAAGCAGGCUUCAUCCCCAUGCUAUCUAUUCUGACUGCCCAGUGUCUCCAGAGUUGCAUCCUCUACCAGGUACUAGGUUCAUAUGGCUGGAGAUUCACGAGCCUUUAACAAGUCAUCACAGAAACGACUUAACAGGCAGUAUAUUUGUAGUUAUUUUUAUUUAUGCAGCAGGCAGGAGAUUUUGGAGGAGCUGGAGGGAGAAGAGUGGACUUUUUCAGGAGUAGCUGUAGACUAUUAGAGGACAAGAGGCUGUGGGAGGACACAGCAGACAAGGAAGCCCCUGGAAGAGGAAAGGAACAAAUAUAAUCACAAGACACAAGACAACAGAACCAGAAUGACCAGAUGAGUCUUUUAUCUUUCCUUCAGCUCCAAUAUGUUUGCUUAGUUCUGCCGACUUCCUUCCAGGCCAGUCUUUCUCUUGCGGGUGGAUCUGUAGACAGGAGUCAUUUAAAGUUAUGAGCUUGCAGGUUGCUGUCAUAGACAAGGCCAGAGCAACUGCUCUAUUUAUCAUCCGAGUGACUGUUAACUGAUCACGGGUGUAAAGUGUAAAGGCUGUCGGAGAAGUAUAUCAAGUGAAGAAAACAGCCCAUUUUCCACUCAGGAUGACUCGAGUACUUCAGAGUGUCUCUUGUUCCUCUCUGAGUACUGAUGGGCCACUUCUCAGAAUCCAUCUUUUCUUCUUCUUCUCAUUGUAGGUUUUUUAAGGUUAUGUUGCUCUAUCAGCAUUGGCUCACUCAAAUCUGCAGAAGAGUAUAAGGUGGGGGCUUCAUGUGGGAACCAAACCCACAUCUAAUUUGACGCCAAGCCUUCAGACCUAAUUUCCUGCUCAUGUGCGAAAACUGCAAUUUACAGCAGCACGAGCCUCCUGCUCCCCGCUGCUUAAACCUUGUUCAAUAAAAACAGUAGUUUGAAUAAAAGAAACCCUAAUUAGUGCCUGCUGACUGUGCACUUGUAUUCCAAUCAGCUCACUAGAAGUGGGAUAAUUAGCGUUUGGCCGGAGUGGCCUCUUUCCUCCGGUUUCCUACCUGGCAACACGCUUAGCUGGAGAUCUGAGAGAUGAUAUGCUCCUUGCCACCAGCAGUCACCAGCAAACGUCCCUCACUUUCCUUAUUAACUCUCCCUUGAUGCUAUUAGUUCUUAGGCUAAUCCAGGUCUCACGUAGAGGUUGAAAUGCUAAUGAGCUACACUUGCUUACGUGGAAGAUUAAAUCAACAACAAAUCCAAAUGGCUCAGUUUUGUCCACUGUUGCAGGGCGCUGUUUAAAACAACCAUAUCUUGGUUUCACUGUAGAUUUUAUAGCCGUGAUUUGCUUUUCCCCUCUGAAAGCACAGCUGUGAGAUUAUUUAGCUAACUAGAAAUCAUUAACUUAAUCUAGUGUUGGUCUGUGUCCAUUGAUUUUGUGUUUUUUUUUUUUUUGUAAAGCUUAAAGGUCUCGUUCAGAACCCGUGUAACACUUUUUCUUUUUCAAAGACGAUCAUUCACUGUGGGGUGCAUGUGCGUGUUGCACGGGACAGCUUUGUUCAUACCCCAAUAUCUUUAGCUGGUAAAGGGAAAUGGAAGGGAAAACAAUCAAGUCAACAAAAGCAGUCUUUUCAAUGUCACAAGUAAAAUUAGUAUUUGUUGCUCCACCCACUUUGGCUUGGUCUUGGCUGUAUUGAUUUAGCAUCCAGGAGAGAGCAGAGCAUGUAUCGGCUAGUGGAAGCUAACCAUUAGCAUUUAUUCCCAAGAUAGAAGAGCGGACAAAGCUAGCGGAAGACUCUUGUUGCUGUUAAGCCGGGCGGACACUGUGCGACCUUUUCACUCGUAGCACUCAGCUUCAGCUCAAACUGUACGACUUCCUCGCAGGGCAGAUCUCACGAGUCAUGCGCUCACACUGCACGACCCAGUUCUCGGAUGCGACCUGACUGCUCACACUGUACGUCUGGUAGCAACACGUCAGCCCUAAAAAUAUGCUAAAAAUAGCUGUUUUUACUCAACACGUCAGACUUUUUUGUCUUGCCUGUUGUCCUUCAGGAGUGCUGCAGGAGGACACACUGGGAUUUAUGGGGGUUGGAUGAGGAAAACGAAAUAAAGUAAAUCUGUGUUUUGUGAUCAGUUUAAUUUGACAUGAACACGACAAACACGCUUUCUUGACAAUCUUUGUGAGUAAAAAAACGUGUAGAAAUAAAAACGAACAACGUGUGUUAUUAGGGAAAUAGCGGGCGAGUGGUGUUGAUGCAGGAUUGCGCAUGCGCCGUGAGCGGUUCUGAUACAUUUUGGGUCGCAGCCGCUCGCAGCGCCACUUCAACAGUGCGAUAUCCUCACGAGGGACGAGCAAAAUUUCAAACGCUCCAGAAGUCCGUGCGAGCUCACGAUUGCUGAUCUGUAGCUGGUCACGUGGUGUUAAUCGCCUCUCAUAACCCCCUGUACACUACACGACGCUCGGCGUAAAACUCGCCCCGAUCUCGUGGAUUCUCUCACGAGUGAAAAAUCGGCUCAAAAAAGUGAAAAAGUCGCACAGUGUACGCCCGGCUUUAAUCAGUCAGAGCCAAUUCAUUUGCAUAUCAUGAAUUUUAACUAGUAACCCCCAAAUUCCACUACCUCCGCUCCGCUCCGCUCCGACACGAACGCCGGAGCUAAAUCGGUCCCGUUGUAGUCAAUCAGAGCAAUUCCACUACUGCGGCUGUGCUCCGGCAGUGCGGCGCCGUGCGCCGCCCUCUGUUCCGGCGUCCGGCAAAAAUAGAAUCUAUCCUAUUUUUGCCGGACGCCGGAGCACCUCCGCAGUCAAUGGACAGAAAUCACAACCGCCCAACAGGAAAAGGAGCAAGCACAACUUCCGUUUUUCACAAUAAAUCGAUAAACAAAAGGCGUUUUUUGUUUCAUAUGCACAGGUUUAACAACCUUUAACAGUUAUCAAUGGUGGUUGAACUUUAAAUGCACAAAAGUAAGCCAUAAAUACAGUUUCUACUAUCAAAGUAGUCACCCUUUGUUGAUCCAAACACUGCUGAUCUCCCAACACAAAUGAUGGGCAGAUUAAACAGUUCAUUUCGAUGCUUCUCCCACACAACGGGUGUUUGGAUCUAACUUCCGCGUUUAUUGCUCGGACUGUAUCGCAAGAUCUCGAAAAUCCCGCGCAUGCUUGUUUGCCCCCCUCAGGUCUCCGCACCGGAGCGGAGCCGUUUUAGAGCGGGUACCAAGAAAAAUUGAGUUCGGAAGCGAGCGGCUGCGGAAGGCGGGGGCGGACCGGAGCGGAAUUUGGGGGUAAGACUCCAAAUCCUGCCUUUUUCUGACAAACUACCCCCCUUAAAUAGGAGCGCCAGAGCUUUUUUUCCACAGAAAAUAACUUAAGGCAUUAAUUCAUACCAGAGACCACUGCAGAUUUGUUGAAAUAAUUUAAUGAGACCUUAAAGUAAAACUACCAUGAUGUUCUGGCGUUUCUAAUAUUGUGAGAGCAUAUUUAGAUGUCACUCGUCCACAAACCGGGUUUUCUCUGGUAGAUUUGUCUCCAGUGAAACGAUACAGAUAUUUAGUGGAGUGUAAAAGACGGCGGCGCUGUCUUUCUUCCCACUCACACCCCUUUCUGCAGCAACAGAUGAUGUGUCAUGAGGUUUUCACAACAGUAGCAGACCACGGAGGCUGUGUCAGAAUCUUUGAAUUCAUGGUUACAUUUCCCAGUAAGGUUGCUUCUGUAUUUAUUCAGUCUGUUCCUGUCACCGUGAGACAUCACUUCCAACAAGAUCAUUAAUCAUUUCAUGUGUUUGACAGGUGAAACCUCAGCACGUCUGUGUGUGUGUGUGUGUGUGUGUGUGUGUGUGUGUGUGUGUGUGUGUGUGUGUGUGUGUGUGUGUGUGUGUGUGUGUGUGUGUGUGUGUGUGUGUGUGUGUGUGUGUGUGUGUGUGUGUGUUCGUUUUUGCUCUCUUUGCUUAGCCUGGCAUGUAUUCAACGACAGACACAGGGCCCUCAAUGAUGGCGGGUGUCAAGCUCCAGCUCCUUGGCCCGGACCCUUGCAUUAAUGAGGCUGCCAUCAGCAGGCUGAGCACUUUGUUACUUCAGCCCCCCCCCCCAUGUGCCUCCCUAUACCAGCCCCCGCACAUCACUGCCCAUUGUUUCCUGUUCACAAAUAAAGCAGGAAUUAAUUAGCCAUUUGGCACCAGUCGUGGCGCUGCUGCGUUUGUGCCCUCAGUUCCGCUCUUCGCCUCGUCCUACAGGCCGGUUCUUCCUGCCGUGAGACUGAGCUUAACGACCAACGGCCGAGCAAAACCACAAACCUCUGCCAGAAUUGUGACGGUUUAGAUUUAAUCUUUAUUCUACAGCACAGUGAGGGAGUCGGUAAGCUGUUCUGUUUUACAGAAGGCAGCUCGGUUAUGUAGGGAAAAAUAAUUGUUGUGAUUAUUUGAGUCAAUUAUGAACUAAAUUAUUCAGUGAGCUUGGAAACUCGUAUUUAUUUCUCUUCUUCAGGUAAAAAAGCUCAAAACAUAGUGGCUUAUCAAAAUAAGAGAUUAUCAGUCCUUCCAGAUGCUUGGAAAGGAAAUGAUCCCUUUGCAUGCAGCAUGAUCACAUGACCAACUGUGGACCCACCACCCGCAGGAGGAACAUGAAGGGUCCGGUGCAAUGUGAAUCGGGUGGCAGACCAAGGCGGGAGCCUUGGCGGUCCAAUCCCCGGACAAGGAAACUAGUUUUUGGGACAUGGAACGUCACCUCGCUGGUGGGGAAGGAGCCGGAGCUUGUGGCAGAGGUUGAGCGGUACCGGCUAGAUAUAGUCGGACUCACCUCGACACAUUGCAUUGGCUCUGGAACCCGAGACCUGGAGAGGGGUUGGACACUCUACUUUGCUGGAGUUGCUCCGGGUGAGAGGCGGAGGGCUGGGGUUGGCUUUUUGUUAGCCCCGAGAUUCUCUGCCUGUGUGUUGGGGUUUACCCCGGGGGACAAGAGGGUAGCUUCCUUGCGCCUUCGGGUCGGGGAACGGGUCCUGACUGUUGUUUGUGCUUAUGGGCCAAAUAUCAGUUCAGAGUACCCACCCUUUUUGGAGUCCCUGGGACGAGUGCUAGAUAGUGCUCCAUCAGGGGACUCCAUUGUCCUGCUGGGGGACUUCAAUGCUCACGUGGGCAAUGACAGCUUGACCUGGAGGGGUGUGAUUGGGAGGAACGGCCCACCUGAUCAGAACUCGAGCGGUGUUUUGUUAUUGGACUUCUGUGCAAGCCGCAGUUUGGCCAUAACGAACACCAUGUUCGAACAUAAGGAUGCCCACCGGUACACUUGGUACCAGGGCAGCCUAGGUCACAGGUCGAUGAUAGAUUUUGUAGUCGUAUCAUCUGACCUGCGGCCGUAUGUUUUGGACACCCGAGUGAAGAGAGGGGCGGAGCUGUCAACUGAUCACCACCUGGUGGUGAGUUGGAUCAGAUGGCAAGGGAACAUGCCGCGUAGACCUGGCAGACCCAAACGCAUAGUGAGGGUCUGCUGGGAACGCCUGGCAGAAGAACCUGUCAAGACGGUCUUCAACUCCCACCUCCGGCAGAGCUUUGACCACGUCCCGAGAGCAGUGGGGGACAUUGAGUCCGAGUGGGCCUUGUUCCACUCUGCGAUUGUCGAGGCGGCUGUUACUAGCUGUGGUCGUAAGGUGGCCGGUGCCAGUCGUGGUGGCAACCCCCGUACCCGCUGGUGGACACCAGAGGUUCGGGGAGCCGUCAGGCUGAAGAAGGAGGCCUACAGGGCGUGGCUGGUCUGUGGGUCUCCGGAGGCAGCAGACAGGUACCGGAUAGCCAAGCGGGGUGCAGCAGUGGCAGUUGCCGAGGCAAAAUCUCGGGCGUGGGAGGAGUUUGGUGAGGCCAUGGAGAAAGACUAUCGAUCGGCUCCAAAGAGGUUCUGGCAAACUGUCCGGCGCCUCAGGAGAGGAAGGCAGCAACUCGCUCACACUGUUUACAGUGGGGAUGGGGAGCUGCUGACGUCAACUGAGGCUAUAGUCGGACGGUGGAAGGAAUACUUUGAGGAGCUCCUCAAUCCCACCAAUGCGCAUUCCGAGGAGGAACCAGAGCUGGGGGGCCUGGGGAUGGACUGUCCGAUCUCGGGGGCAGAAGUUGCUGAGGUAGUCAAACAACUACACAGCGGCGGAGCCCCGGGGGCGGAUGAGGUUCGUCCUGGGUAUCUCAAGGCUAUGGAUGUUGUAGGGCUGUCAUGGUUGACACGUCUCUACAACAUUGCGUGGUCAUCGGGGGCAGUUCCUAGGGAGUGGCAGACCGGGGUGGUGGUCCCCAUCUUUAAGAAGGGUGACCUGAGGGUGUGUUCCAACUAUAGGGGGAUCACACUCCUCAGCCUCCCUGGAAAGGUCUACGCCAAGGUACUGGAGAGGAGGGUCCGAUCGAUAGUUGAAUCUCAGAUAGAGGAGGAGCAAUGUGGUUUUCGUCCUGGCCGUGGAACUGUGGACCAGCUCUAUACCCUUGCAAGGGUGAUGGAGGGGGCAUGGGAGUUUGCCCAACCAAUCCACAUGUGCUUUGUGGAUUUGGAGAAGGCUUAUGACCGUGUCCCCAGGGGCACCCUGUGGGGGACGCUCCAGGAGUAUGGGGUGGGUGGCUUUCUGUUAAGGGCCAUUCAGUCCCUUUACAAGAGGAGCGUGAGUUUGGUCCGCAUAGCCGGUAGUAAGUCGGACCUGUUCCCAGUGAGGGUUGGACUCCGCCAGGGCUGCCCUUUGUCACCGGUUCUGUUCAUCACUUUUAUGGACAGAAUUUCUAGACGCAGCCGUGGUGUGGAGUGUGUCGAGUUUGGUGGCAGGAGAAUCUCGUCUCUGCUUUUUGCGGAUGAUGUGGUCCUCCUAGCUUCAUCCAGCUCUGACCUUCAGCUCUUGCUGGGUAGGUUCGCGGCCGAAUGUGAAGCGGCUGGGAUGAGGAUCAGCACCUCCAAAUCUGAGACCAUGGUUCUCGACCGGAAAAGGGUGGCUUGCCACCUCCGGGUCGGGGGAGAGGUCCUACCUCAAGUGGAGGAGUUUAAGUAUCUCGGGGUCUUGUUCACGAGUGAGGGUAGGAGGGAUCGGGAGAUCGACAGGCGGAUUGGUUCGGCGUCUGCAGUGAUGCGGACGCUGAGCCGAUCUGUCGUGGGGAAGAGGGAGCUGAGCCAGAAAGCCAGGCUCUCGAUUUACCGGUCGAUCUACGUCCCAAUCCUCACCUAUGGUCAUGAGCUUUGGGUAAUGACCGAAAGAACGAGAUCGCGGAUACAAGCGGCCGAAAUGAGUUUCCUCCGUAGGGUGGCCGGGCUCAGCCUUAGAGAUAGGGUGAGGAGCUCGGACAUUCGGGAGGGACUCGGAGUAGAACCGCUGCUCCUCCGGAUCGAAAGGAGCCAGUUGAGGUGGUUUGGGCAUCUGGUCAGGAUGCCUCCUGGACGCCUCCCCGGGGAGGUGUUUCGGGCAUGUCCUGCCGGCAGAAGGCCCCCGGGUCGACCCAGGACACGUUGGAGAAGUUACAUCUCCAAUCUGGUCCGGGAACGCCUUGGGGUCCUGCCGGAGGAGCUGGUGGACAAGGCCGGGGAGAGGACGGCCUGGAGCUCCCUAGUUGGGAUGCUGCCCCCGCGACCCGGACCCGGAUAAGCGGAGGAAGACGACGACGACGACGACGACGACGACGACGAUGAUCACAUGACAUCGGCUGACUAAUCAUAAAACUUUCUUGAUUUAUCUCACUUUAUAUUGGAUUUUUUUUCACACCUUAUUGGAUUUUGAGGACGACUGCCACAGACUGAGUAGGACUCGAUCUCUUAACGCCCCAGUUAGGAGACGGGCACUUAACUCCUGUCGUCGUCGUCGUCCAGAACCUGCGGUGUUCUGCUCCCCUCUCUUCUGGCUCACUUCUAGUUCCUGAAACCGGAGCACCAGAGCUUUUUUACCUCAGAGGUUGACUUAUGAGUGGAAUCGCUGCAAAUGCGUAGAAAAACCGAGUGAACUCGUUCUUUAAAAGCUGAGCCAAACUAAACGCAUGCUUAGUAAAAGUUUAAAUGAAAGAAGUUUGUUACAAUAAUAAUCAUUAUAAUAGAUUGGAUUUAUGUAAAGCUUUUCAAGGCACCCAAAGCGCUUUUCACUAUUCACUCACUGCUGGAUUAGAUUGUUUCUGUGCUGGUUUGGAGCCCAGACUAAUUGCACAGCUCUAGUUUUACCUGAACUGGACCCCUCCCCCAUCUCUGGUGGCCUGUCAGAUUAGUGAUUGUUGCCUCAGAUCAGCCCGCCGCCGUCCUUCAGUCCAAAUGCUGCAACGUAAGUAGGUCAGUCUGACAGUUCUGAGGUGAACGGGACAGCGAGUUGAGCCAGUCGUUCUCUAAAACCAUUUUUUUUACUCUUUUAUUGAAAAAUCAAGAACACUCUGGCAAUAAAAUCCGCUUCGGUAUAAAAUAAAAAUACUGGCAGAUUAAAUAGAACAUUCUGACACACGAGCCAGCUCUCACAUUGUUGUACUUUCACUUUUUAACACCAACACCUAAAUAAAACACACUCGCUCACAUGCACAAACAAGUAGUCCUGUUCACGUUGUCACUUUGUGGCUAAAUUUAACAGUGGCGGUGCUUAGCAGGUGUAACGAAUGUCUGCGAGUUGAGUCCUGGGAGGUGUUCCUGCAGAUCAGAGACACUGCUUCUGUGUCUGAUUACUUGUCUGCUGUCACGGAGCUCUGCUCUCUGCCUUUCUCUAUUUCUCUUUUUAUUUCUCCCUGUAGCAGCCACAGGGGACCAUUACUGCCUCUCUCAUUCUUUGUUUGGUUUGUGAUUCACUUGCAACAUAGCAGCCCCCCUCUCAGCACUUAUUCUUGGCCCAUAUGCGUCAAUUAAGGCCAGUAAAAGCUUUUGACCCAAAAAGCCACCAACAAUUGCACCUAACUGGGUAUGUUUUUGACUGGGAAUGUGUCCACUGUAAUAAUUCUAAUAGGAAAUUUCUGGUCCACAGGAGAUUAAACCAGUAAUGGAGAAUCUGAAAGCUCUUUUUAAAUGAUCUGUUUGUAAUCUGCCCAGAUUGUGUCGUCGAGGACAUUUUUAACUGGAUUAAGUUGUCUCUUCUAUCAUUUUGCCUUACUUUCUUCCCUUUUCACUCUACGUUUCUCCACUCUAAGUCCUUUCUUGCUUUCUGUGUCUCAAUCUGUCCCGUUUCUG